CCUCCCCUUCCCGCUGGGGGUCCCCCAAUCCAGCCGACCCUUCCCCUUCUGCACCCCGCCCUGCGUGGCCAAAGCCACCGAGCUCUUCCCCGGCUGCGUGCCCCCCCAGCCCAGCAGACCCCUCCCCAUUUACACCCCCCUGCACGUCCCCCAGUCCAGCCGGCCCUUCCCCUCCUCCGGCACCCCUCGAUCCCCCUCCCCGUGCGCCCCGCAAUCGCCGGACCCCCUCCCUCACCACCCCCUGCAGCCCCCCCGCCGCCGCGGCUCCUUGUCCCCCCGCCUGCGCCUCUGGGGGGUCCCCUCGCCCCCCCAAAACCCCGCCACGCCCUGAGCCGCGCCCGCAGCUCCCCGCGGUGCCCAUGGGGGACGCGCCGGUGCCGGAGCUGGAGGCGGUGCUGGACGGAGGAGGCUGGGACGUGGGGACGGCUCUGGAGGGGCCCCCCGCGCCCCCCGGGCCCGUCCGCCUGGGCAGGAACGUUUGCUACGUGGUGCUGGCCGUGCUCUUCAACCAGGAGGGCGCGCUGCUGCUGGUGCAGGAGGCCAAGCCCGAGUGCCGCGGCCGCUGGUACCUGCCCGCGGGCCGCAUGGAGCGCGGCGAGGGCAUCGCGGCCGCGCUGCGCAGGGAGGUCCGCGAGGAGUCGGGGCUGGACUGCGAGCCCCUGACGCUGCUGGCGCUGGAGGAGCGCGGCCCCGCCUGGAUCCGCUUCGCCUUCCUGGCGCGGGCCACAGGUGGGACCCUGAAGACCCUCGAAGAUGCCGACGCCGAGUCGCUCCAAGCCACCUGGUGGCCCGGGGACCCUCGCUCGCUGCCGCUGCGCUCUCUGGACAUCCUGCCCGUGCUGGAGCUCGCCGCCCGCUACCGCCGGAGCCCCGCGCACCCCCCGACGCUGCCGCGGGAGCUGCCCUGCUCCCCGCUCUGCCUGCGCCUCCUCCUGCCCUUCUCCAACGCCGCCGGCGACCUGUGGCUGCUGCUGGCCACCUCUGGCACCCCUCACCUGCCCGUGGUGGCCUGCGGCACGUCCCCCUCCGAGCUGCGCGCCGGGCUGCGCUCGCCCCUGCUGCGGCUACUGCGGGAGCGCCUGGGCUGGGAGCCGCAGCCCGGAGCUCUGGGGCUGCUGGGGCUGCAGCACCGGCCCGGGGACACCGGUGAUGGUGGCACUGAUGGCAUCUGCUUCAACGUGGUGCUGAGCGUCCCCCCGGGGAGCCAGCGGGACGAGCCCCCCGAGCCCCGCGACCCCGCGCUGCGCUGGUGGCCCGUGCGGGAGGAGCGGCUGCGGGGCCGCGUCCUGCAGAGGAUCCGAGCCACGGUGCCCGUCAGGAGUUAGGGCAAAAAAAGCUGGAUUUGGGGAUGGGGAGGGGCUGAGAUGGACAUGGAGCUCGGGCAGUCCGGAGUUAGGGCAAAAAAAACUGGAUU